GACGACUUGAACUACUCCAACAAAACAAAGGAUGAGUUCUGAUCAACGGUGGAGAUUGUUCCGAACAGAAAUCUCCUUCCUCUUCCUCCUCUUCAUUCUUCCUCACAAUCUCACGUUUGGUCUCUGUUUCAGCACCGAAGCAUUGGCUCUGAUGAAAUUCAAAGAGAGGAUAGAGAGAGACCCAUUUGGAGCUUUGAUGGAUUGGGGAGAGCUUCCUCAUUGUUCUUGGUCUGGUGUUGUCUGUUCACAUGAUGGAAGAGUUGUCAUCUUAAAUCUAAGAGAUCUCUCCCUCCAAGGAACACUUGCACCUGAACUCGGAAACCUUACUCACUUGAAAUCUCUUAUUCUGAGAAACAAUUCAUUUUCCGGGAAAGUACCUGAAGAGGUAACAGAAUUGCAGGAGCUUGAGAUCUUGGAUUUGUGUGACAACAACUUUGGAGAACCAUUUCCUUUCGGUCGCAGGCUACUUCAGAUAACUCCCCCUGGCCAGAAUCCAGGCGUCAGAGAAGCUCCCCCUCCUCCUCCGUUACCUUCUCCUCCUCCUUCAUCGCCUACAGAGAAUAUCUCCACAGAUGUAUUUUUCCCUCCUCCUCCUCCACAGAUUAAAAGUAAAAGUCCUCCCACUGGUUCCCAAGCCGAGAUCCCUCCAGCUCAGCCUCCUCCAGCUCAGCUUCCUCCAGCUCCAUUUCUGCCUCGUGCUCUCAAGAAAAAGGUAUCUCAGAAGAUUUUCAUAAUAGUUGGAGUGCUAGUAGUUGUAUUAGGUUUCAUGGCCGCAUUGGUGGCCUUCUUUGUUCUCCGAAAGCAAAAGGUAGUAAUGAUAAAGCCAUGGACGACUAAGAGCAGUGGCCAGCUUCAAGAUGUUAUUAUCACAGGUGUUCCCAAGCUAAAGCUGUCGGAACUAGAGACUGCCUGCGAAGAUUUCAGUAACAUCAUAGGCUCCACAUCCUCAGACGCAACCAUUUACAAAGGAACUCUCUCCACCGGCUCUGAGAUUGCCGUUUUAUCAGUCGCAUCUGGAUCCCUCCAAGACUGGUCAAAUGAUCUCGAAGCACAGUUCCAAGAAAAGAUACAGAGGUUAUCUCAAGUGGACCACAAGAACUUUCUGAAUUUAAUCGGAUAUUGCCGUGAAGACGAGCCUUUCAACCGGAUGAUGGUUUUCGAGUACGCUCCUUACGGAUCCCUCUUCGAAUAUCUGCACGCGCAAGACGCAGAGCACUUGGACUGGCCAAAGAGACUGAGAAUCGCAAUGGGAAUAGCUUACUGUGUAGAACACAUACACAAUCUCAGCCCUAAACCCAUUUCCCAUACCAGCCUCAAUUCAUCUUCCGUCUACUUGACAACAGAUUACGCCGCUAAAGUCGCCGACUUUACUUUCCUCAGCUCCACACCACCUGAUCCCCAGACCAGCUACGUCUUCAGCUUUGGCGCCAUUCUGCACGAGAUCAUCACCGGAAAUAUCCCGGAUCCGGAUUCUCUGCUCCACGAAACCAAACCCGCGAGAGAACUUGUGGAUCCGACCCUGAAAAGCUUCGACGAGAGUGUUCUGGAGAAGUUGUGGGAAGUGGUUAUCGAGUGUUUGAAUCAGAGGCCCGAAAUGAAGGAAGUGGUGGCUAAGCUGAGAGAGAUCACCGGAAUAACGGCGGAAGCGGCGUUGCCAAGGCUAUCUCCGGCGUGGUGGGCAGAGCUGGAGAUCAUAUCCACUGAAGGAACCUAAAGUGUGUAGAUUAGUAUAUAUGUAUACACAUCAUUUGCAAUUUGCAUAGUAAAGGAAUGUUUCAUCUCUUUUCUCUGUAUCAUCAACAUUUUGUUUUUCAAUAUUUCAAAAUUGGGGAAU